AACGAUUCAUGGACCCGCCCACACUGAAGUCCAACGUCCUAAAGAGCUCUGUCGCGCGAGUACUCUCCUUCGGCGUCCUAAUCCUGGCCGUCCGAUUCGCUUACAUCGUCACCGUCAAAGGCGACUCCUGCGUCUCUGGCGACUUCUGCUUCAGGACUCGACGUGCCGCCACCGCGGGUGUCCCCGAAGACUUUCUGUCCGCCACCAAGAAAUGGCGCAAAUCGGUGGACUACUACUCCUCCAUCUUCCAAGAUUUGGUCUCCGAAGGCUUUCUCUCCCCGAAUUCCAGAGCUCUCUGCGUCGAAACGCUCGCUGGUGAGGAUGUGCUCGCCUUGAGAGAGAUCGGCGUCCUCGACUCAAUCGGAAUCUCCACGAACCCGACGGCAUCCACGCCGUUGAUCGUUAACGGCGAGGCGCUCCGCCAGCCGUUCGAAGACGACACCUUCGACUUUGAGUUCACCGGAACCUUCGGCCUGGACCGGUCGAACCGACCGUUCGAUCUCGCCUCGGAGAUCGGCCGGACGCUCAGACCGGGAGGCUUUCUCGUUGUCCAUACCGCGACCAAAGAUCGGUACAGCCUAGACUCUCUCCUUGAUUUUUUCUCCAAUUGCUGUAGAUUGAUCAGGUUCCGCGAAAUCGACAGCCUAGACACCUUUCCGUCGAUUCGGGAGGUCGUGAUCAAGAAACAAAUUCCAAGUCAAAUUCAAAAUCUUGGUCAUGAAGGGAGGAAUUUCUCUCCGAAUUGUAAUUUGAUUAAUAAAUGCUCGGUUCCGGGGCACAGACGUGAAAUAAUCCAGAACGCCGAGCCGUUCAUCCAAGAAGAGCCACUGAAACCUUGGAUAACAUUGAAGAGAAACAUAAAGAACAUAAAGUACCUAACUUCAAUGGUAGAUAUUAGCUUUAAGAAUAGGUAUGUCUACGUUGAUGUUGGAGCUCGGAAUUAUAGUUCUAGCAUAGGGAGUUGGUUUAAGAAACAGUAUCCCAAACAGAACAAGAAGUUCGAGGUUUACGCGAUUGAGGCCGACAAGGCAUUUCACGGGGAGUAUAGGGGGAAGAGAGGGGUGACUCUGUUGCCGUAUGCGGCAUGGGUGAGGAACGAGACGUUGUUCUUCGAGAUUACUUGGGACCCGAGUAAGAGAAUUGUGGAGAGGGGUAGAGGAGGGAUGGGGAGGAUUCGGCCGGUGCAGAGCUCGGCGAGUUAUAUGGGCGAUGUGGAUAAGAUUCAGGGGAUUGAUUUUGCAGGUUGGUUGAAUAGAACGGUUUCAGAGAGAGAUUUCGUGGUGGUGAAGAUGGAUGUGGAAGGGGCUGAGUUUCAUUUGGUUCCGAGGUUGAUUGAGACAGGAGCGAUUUGUUUGAUCGAUGAGAUUUUUCUUGAGUGUCAUUACAAUAGAUGGCAGAGGUGUUGCCCGGGUCAGAGGAGUGUGAAGUAUCAGAAGACUUAUGCUCAAUGCAUGGACCUGUUUACUUCACUCAGAGAAAGUGGAGUUCUUGUACAUCAAUGGUGGUGAUGGGUAACAGUCUCGGCUCCAAUUUCUCUAAAGUUUUUGU